GCGUUUACGACGGUGACGCAGGGGAGCGUGAGGACGUGGGGCUUCCGAGAUUGCGCAGUGAGUGCGUUGGCCUCGACCCUUUGGCCAGGUUAGGGAGGGGGCGACGUUGAUAUGGGGGCGGCGGCGGCGGAAGCGGAUCGCACGCUCUUUGUGGGCAACCUUGAAACGAAAGUCACUGAGGAGCUCCUUUUCGAGCUUUUCCACCAGGCUGGGCCAGUAAUAAAGGUGAAAAUUCCAAAAGAUAAGGAUGGUAAACCAAAGCAGUUUGCAUUUGUGAAUUUCAAACAUGAAGUAUCUGUUCCUUAUGCAAUGAAUCUACUUAAUGGAAUCAAACUUUAUGGAAGGCCUAUCAAAAUUCAAUUUAGAUCAGGAAGUAGUCAUGCAUUGCAAGAUGUCAGUUUGUCAUAUCCCCAGCAUCAUGUCGGAAAUUCAAGCCCUACCUCCGCAUCUCCUAGCAGCAGGUACGAAAGAACUGUGGAUAAUGUGACUCCAUCAGCACAGAUAAUUCAGAGAUCUUUCUCUUCUCCAGAAAAUUUUCAGAGACAAGCAGUGAUGAACAGUGCUUUGAGACAAAUGUCAUAUGGUGGAAAAUUUGCUUCUCCACCUCUGGAUCAAUCAGGAUUUUCACCAUCACACAGUCAUAGUUUUAACCAGUCUUCAAGCUCCCAGUGGCGCCAAGAUACCCCAUCCUCACAGCGUAAAGUCAGAAUGAAUUCUCAUCCCUACCUAGCAGAUAGACAUUAUAGCCGGGAACAGCGUUACACUGAUCAUGGGUCUGACCAUCAUUACAGGGGAAGCAGAGAUGAUUUCUUCUAUGAAGAUAGGAAUCAUGAUGGCUGGAGCCAUGACUAUGAUAACAGAAGAGACAGUAGUAGAGAUGGAAAAUGGCGCUCAUCUCGACACUAACACGUGUUAAAAGGACAUUGUUUUUAUAGGGUCAUUUUAGGCCCUUUGACUAAGUUGAUAAGGAAAUAGUUUGUUGAAAAACUGUACAGAGCAGCUUUACAAGUUGUCACAUUUCUUUUUACAUUUUUUAAAGCUACAAUUUCAUACAAAAUGAAUUGUGGUUUUAUUACAGUAAUAACCUUUCACCUCAGGGUUUUAUGAAGAGGAAAGGGUUUUAUGCAAAAAAAAAAAAAAAAAAGUGCUACAAUUCCUAAUCAUUUUAGACACUUUAGGAGGGGACAAAGUUGUAUGCUAAAGCAGAUAUUUUAAUUAUUCAUUGUCUUUUUAUAUUGCAAGAAAUUUCUGGCUAGUGAAUCAGAUUUUGGCGUACAUAAUAGAAAACAUCCAAGUUGACAGUCUAAAAUGGCUACCAGUAUUUUGUUAAUAAAUUCAAAAAUACAACUUUUCAGUGAUUCAUUUUACUAACAUUCUAUUUGAGAAGGCUAUUGGUUAAGUUUGGGGAUAAAGUCAUUGCUUAACUUCUUAGAUAAUUUAGAUAUAAAUUCUGUGACAUGCUCUUGAGCUUUACCCUAGUUGAACAUACAAGUAUAGAUCUACACAUACUGUUUUAUUCUAAAAUUUUAGUAAUUGUUCAUUAAAUCACAAUCGAGGUAUAAUAAGUCACUCAGGAAGUUGAAAUAUCUCUACAUGUAUGUUUUUACACUAAAAAUACAGAGUUAGCAUAAAUCCCCUUUUCAGGAAGAACAAAAAUGUCAGUGCAUAGUUAGAUAAAAUGGUAAAAUGUUUUACUGAAAGCAUACUCCUUUGGAAAAAGAUUCAUGAAGCCUUUAAGUACUGCGUCUGUUGGUCAAACAUUAAAAAUUGUAACAUUUUCAAAGUGCCCAGGAUGUAUACAAAGACACAUUUAAUGGAGAUUGUACAGGUAGCUUUUUUGUUUGAACCUUUGAGAGAAUCUAAUCUUAACAUUUUCUAAUUUUAAAAUUUUAAAAUCUUGUUUAACAAAACUUUUAAAGAUACUGUUUUCCUUUACAGAAUUGUUUACAAAAGUUCAUUUGUUGAAAAACAAGGAUCCUUUUUAAUACCACAGCAUUUGUACUGUCACUUUUUAAUAUACUAAAAAAAAAUAUAAAAGGAAGGGUGUGUGUUUUUUUUUUUUUUGAUGUCACUGACUUCAGAAACAUCGUAUACAAAAAAUUACCAGUAUACUUUUAUUCACUGAUUGCUUGCUGUUUAGAAUGUCAGUUCUUUAAUUUUGAGCAUCUUAAAAUACAUCUUUUGUACAUAUAGAGCAUGAUGUUUCAGAAUCAGAUUUUCAGUGACCCCUGGAUUAUAGUUUGGAGUACUUUAGUUACCUUCAGUGGUCUCUAGGAGUUUUAUGUACACUUAGAUUUCCUGUUUAAAAAUGAACUCAGUGUUUCUGUACCUAAGUAAAUUGAGUUAUUCAACUACUCAGCAAAGAAUUAUGAAAAAUUUGUUUGCUUAAGCAUUUUCACAGUAGAAUUUGUUUCCAAUGAGAUUAUUAUUAUUGGGUGUCUUAUCUAUAUGAAAACUUAUUCAGUAGGUUUGUAGAUACUUAACAAAGAUGAAUACUGCUUUUUUGUUGUUUGAUUGUUUUUUGAGACAGAGUCUUGCUGCAACACCCAGGCUGGAGUGCAGUGGCUGGAUCUCAGCUCACUGCAAUCUCCACUUCCUACGUUCAAGCGAUUCUCCUGCCUCAGCCUCCCAAGUAGCUGGGAUUACAGGCAUGCACCACCAUGCUUGGCUAAUUUUUGUGUUUUUAGUAGAGAUGGGGUUUCACCAUGUUGGCCAGGCUAGUCUUGAACUCCUGACUUCAAGUGAUCCACCCGCCUAGGCCUAAGUGCUGGGAUUACAGGCAUGAACUAUUGUGCCUCGCCUAAUACUGCUUUAUUACAACUUUACCUGUGGUCAGAUCCUUUCAUGCUGGUUAACAGGCGACCCUGACUCAGAAUAAUCUUUUUCAAUGACUUUUUGGGGGAAGCUUGUGAAGUUCGGGUGAAUCUUCUUUUUCACUUCACGUUCCAUGAGCUGAAAGUGACCAAACUAAAUACAUGUAAAAAGACAGUGCAAGACAGCCUCAAAAAAUUGAAUACAAUUGGUGAGACAACUCAUAAGUACGGGUCGAAUAUCCCUUAUCCAAAAUGCUUGGGAAGUGUUUUGGGUUCUGGAAUAUUUGCAUUAUGCUUGCUGGUUGAGCAUCCCAAGUCUGGAAAUACAGAGUGUUCCAAUGAGCAUUUCCCUUGAGUGUCACAUCUGUGUUGGCACUCCAAAAAGUUUCAUAUUUUGGAGCAUUUCAGAUUUUGGAUUUGGGAUGCUCCAGCUCCAGCUUUGGGAGAGCUACAACAACAGAAAGGAAGAAGAGAUUAUUCUUGUGGGAGAGCAGUUUCUCUCAGUGUUUCCCAUGGGAUGCUAGUCUCGUAAGGUGUUACGCAAAAAAAAAAAAAAAAAAAAAUCAAAUGUUUGGAAGCCAUUGUGUAUUAUUGUGUGACUUUCUCUU